GCCGGCAAACCAUGGCGCCAACUAACGGUCAAAAUAUGGACUAAAUAUUAUAAAAUAUUGCCAUUGAUUUAACAUUUUCUGUGUUCCUAACAACAUAUUUUAGUACAAGAGAACAAUUGUGGUUUAUUAGAGCCUACAUGUAUUUGUGUUAGAGGAUCACUUUAAGGUUACUGACGGUCCAAUUCAUGAAGUGGUCACUUGAACAACUUGAAUAUCCUGUUCUGCUUAUCAGCCAGGCUGAUGGAGCAGAUGCCAACGCCUAAUUCAAAAGCAGAACAAAAGCAAACUAGAAGGCAUUUGUAGUUGCUUCAAGUCAGCUCAUCUCAAAGACCAUGGCCGGAAGACUAGAGCAGCAUCUUCAAUGUCCGACCUGUCUGGAUGUCUUCAAAGAUCCCGUCAUGCUGCCGUGCAGUCACAGCUACUGUCGUGCGUGUCUGCAGCAGUGGAAGGACAAAGGAGAGCGAUCGUGUCCACUCUGUAGGACAGAGUUUCAGUCGACAGAUCCACCUUUGAACUUAGCACUAAGGAAUAUGUGUGAGAACUUUUUAAAUCAGGUCUGGUCUGAAGACACGUGCUGCUUGCACGAUGAGAAACUCAAACUUUUUUGCUUAGAGGACCAGGAGCUGGUGUGCCUCAUUUGCAGAGAUUCAAAAAUCCACGCAGGACACAAGUUCCGUCCCCUCAAAGAAGUUGCGGAAGAUCAUAAGGAGGAACUUCAGUGUGAACUGCAGCGUGCCAAGAACAGACUAGAAGAUUAUACCAAGGUUAGAGAGAACUGCAUAGAACUGGCAGAGUACAUCAAGGUCCAGAGCGAGAAGAUCGAAAACAAGAUUAAGAAGGAUUUUGAAGAGCUCCGUCGCUUCCUAGAUGUCGAGGAGAAGGCCAGGUUAGCUGCGGUCAUGGAAGAAGAGAAAAUCAAGAGUCAAUUCAUGAAGGAGAAGAUUGCGGCUUUAAGCAGAGACAUGGCCACUCUGUCACACUUUAUCAGACGCACCGAGGAGAAUCUGGCAUCUGACGACAUUGCCUUCAUGAAAAACAUCCUGACCGCAAUGAGCAGAUACCAAGAACCGCUCGAUGAACUGAAGCUGCCCGGAGGAGUUCUGCUGGACGAAGCCAAACACGUGGGCAACCUCAAGUUCAACAUCUGGGAGCGAAUGAAGGAGAGCCUCUCCUACAGUCCCGUCAUUCUGGACCCCAACACGGCCGGUCCGGGUCUUAUUCUGUCUGAAGAUCUGACCAGUCUGACUUUAAAUGAAGCAAAUCAGCCCCCAGAGAAUCCAGAGAGGUCCAAGGCGAAAAUUGUGCUGGGUUGCGCUUUGGACUCGGGAACAAACAUUUGGGAUGUAGAGGUGGGAGACAACAACGACUGGUGUUUGGGGGUCCAGUGGGGCGACCCUUGUUUGCCAGCUCGAAUGGUGGGUUUUUUCUUUGGAUUUAAGGAUGAACCCUUCCGAAUGGCCAGACCGGUCCGGUAA